UUUCCAUACAUACAUGAGUAAAGAGAGUAUGGUUUCUAAAAAACGAAUAGCAAUCAAAUUUGUUCUUGUUGUUCUUUCUUGUGUGUUAGUUUCAGGAGACGCAGAAGUGAGAUGCAUCGAGAGUGAGAGAGAAGCUCUUCUUAGCUUCAAGAAUGGAACCAUUAAUCGGUUUGGCGCUCUCUCGUCGUGGCAAAGCGACGAAUGCUGUGAAUGGCUCGGUGUCGAGUGCAGCAACACCACUGGCCAUGUCACCACCCUCAAAAUUUCUGGUUUAGAAUUUGGAGGUAAGGUUGGCUCUUCUUCAUUGCUUGAGUUGCAUUAUUUAAAUCAUCUUGAUCUUGGUGGGAAUGAUUUUGGAGGCACUCCAAUCCCGGAAUUCAUUGGUUCUAUGAAGCAAUUGCAACACUUGGGUCUUAGAGAUUCUAACUUCUCCGGGAGCAUUCCUUCUCAGUUAGGGAACCUCACCAACCUACGCUCACUCGAUCUCUCGUUUAACUCUUUGAGUUCCAUAUCUCCUUUUAUUUUUAGUUCUGUAUUUGAAUCACUCGAAAGGCUGGACUUGUCUCUUAACCAAAUCACUGGUUCUAUGCCAGACCCGAGAGCAUUUCCUUCAUUGAUCGAACUACACCUUUCAGGCAAUAACUUUACAGGCUCCAUUCCUCUUAGUAUUGGCCAACUCUCAAAUCUUCAAAUUCUAGAGCUUUCCUUUAACUAUUUGGAAGGUUUAGUAUCUGAAUCCCACUUCAUGAAGCUUGAUAAGUUACAGAGACUAGGUUUAUCCUUCAAUCCGUUCUUGCAUAUUGCUUCCGACUGGAUUCCGCCUUUUCAGUUGAAGGACCUAUCUUUAGCAGGGUGCAAUGUGGGCCCUUAUUUUCCACAAUGGAUUCGAACUCAGAGGAAUUUGUCACUCCUUGAUCUUAGUAGUGCCAAUAUAAGAGAUGAAGCCCCGAGGUGGUUGUGGAGUGUGUCUUCGUCGUUAGUUAGCUUACUUCUGUCCGACAAUCAAAUAAGUGGUACUAUUCCGAAUCUCUCAUCCACCUCCAUCUACCAUAUGGAUCUUAGUUACAAUCAAUUCUCAGGUCCUAUACCAUUAUUUCCCGCCAAUGCUUUUGAGUUUCGAUUGAGUGGAAAUAUGUUCUCAGGGUCAAUUUCAUCUAUUUGCAACACUGACCAACAUCAUCUCUUAUAUCUCGACAUUUCAAAUAAUCAGUUGGCGGGAGAGGUUCCCGACUGCUGGGAGAAAUUACCGAACUUGCAAAUCCUUAAUCUGGCUAACAACAGUCUUUCUGGUGAAAUUCCUCCCUCUUUUAGCAGUUUACAAAAUUUAAAUACACUCCAAAUGCAUGGUAAUAAUCUAUGGGGUGAGUUGCCUUACAAUUUGAGCCUUUGCCGACAAUUGUUAUCCAUUGAUGUUGGAGGGAACAAGUUAACAGGAGAGAUCCCCGCUUCGAUUGGCCAGCUGCAUGGGAUGUUUUUUCUAAACCUUCGUGGAAAUAAAUUGCAUGGCGGUAUCCCUCCCCAGAUAUGCAAUCUUACCAAUAUUCAAGUUCUGGAUUUAUCGAUAAACAAUCUGUCUUCUGUAAUACCCGAUUGCUUCAACAAUUUUACAUUCUUGGAUAGUACGAAAAGUAUGCCUUUCGUUAUACCUAGUUUUGGUCGACCCGUACAUGAAAAUGGAUAUUCAUCGUUUCAAUGGAAAGGUCGGGAAAUUGAAUAUAAUCGGGGUAAUAUAGUGCUUCUCAAACUCGUUGAUUUUUCAAGCAAUGGAUUGACCGGGAACAUCCCGAAAUCGUUUUCUACUAUGACGGGAUUGAGAUCCUUGAAUCUAUCUAGAAAUAGUUUGACAGGCUAUAUAAUUCCAGAUAUUGGUAAAAUGGAGUUGCUAGACUCUCUUGAUCUAUCUCACAACCAACUCUCUGGCCAAAUACCUACAAGUUUGGCAGAAAUACACACUCUUGGUGUUCUUGAUUUGUCCAACAACAAUUUGUCUGGAAAAAUUCCAACGGGUACUCAACUUCAGAGCUUCAAUGCAUCGGCUUAUGCUGAUAAUGAUGGACUAUGUGGCGACCCUCUACCAAAGUGCCCCGGAGAUAGCUUGAGGCCUUCCACCACUAAUUCGAAGGGAAACAAUGACGACGUCUUCUCAUUUAUGCAAGAAGUUGGCAUAUCAAUGGGCUUUGGUUUUAUCUUUGGAUUUUGGGGAGUUAUUGGUACAUUCAUAUGGAAGAAAUCAUGGAGAAUUGCAUUCUUCAACUUGUUUGAUGCUGCUGGAGAUUGGUUCUACGUCAAGAUUGCUGUGUUUGUAUCCAAAUGGAGACGAAGCUAAACUACUUAUUUCAGUGGUGCGCACUUUAGCGUUGAAUCAAGUUGAACAAGCUCAUGGCAGAUGAUCUUUCGAAGUUAUUGUAAUUUGGAAAUAAAAAAUCAUCUAUUUUCUCUUGUGAAUUGGGUGAAUGUAGUUUUAAUUUGUUUUCAUUGUAUUUUACUAUUAUUUGUAUGGUUUAUGUUGGUGUGUAUGUGUAGCUUCUUUAAAUGAAUGUGUGUUUUUCGUAUUCUAAGA